AUGGCUGAAGUUAAACGGCGAAGGAGGAAGCCCAAGCCUCUGGAGGAGGCCAUACAGUUUUCCCUUCUUAAAAAAGACAAAGAAGGGCUUGAUGGCAGAUUUAUCAAUGAUUCAAAAGGGAGAGGUGUGUUCAGUUGCACUGAGUUUGAUAAGGGAGAUUUCCUGUUGGAAUACAGAGGAGACCUCAUAAGCAAAGAAGAAUGUGAGCGGAGGCAAAGAAUAUAUCAUAACGCCCUCAAAGUAUUCUUGUUUGAGUUUCGUUACGAUGGAAAACUCCUCUGUGUUGAUGCUGCCCGAGAUGACGGUUCUCUUGGUAGACUUGUAAAUGAUGACCAUAUUAACCCAAACAGCAAGAUGAAGACUAUCCACGUGGAUGGAAAACUUCAUCUAUGCUUAUUUGCUAUAAGAAACAUCUGUGCUGGUGAAGAGAUCACAUAUAAUUAUGGUGAUUCUGAGUGGCCAUGGCGAUGCAAGACUCUCCGUGAGGUUGAACCCCCACUCUUAAAGUGA